CGAGCCGCGUCCGCGAGCUCACGUGACUGCGCAGGCGCGGUGAGAACAGGUGCCGAUCCGCGGCUGCGGGAAGUUGAGUGAUCACGAUGCAGAGAGAACAGAGUCCCUCAGCUUCCCUCAUCGAUAGAACCAUCAAGAUGAGAAAAGAGACAGAAGAUAGGAAAGUGGUUUUAGCCUGGGGACUCCUAAAUGUUUCUGUAGCCGGUAUGAUAUAUACUGAAAUAAUUUUAAUUUUUUUCAGGACUGGGAAAUUAUUAAGUUCAUACUAUAAUGUUACAUACUGGCCCCUCUGGUAUAUUGAGCUUGUACUUGCAUCUCUCUUCAGCCUGAAUGCUUUAUUUGAUUUCUGGAGGUAUUUCAAAUAUACUGUAGCACCUACGAAUCUGGUCAUCAGUCCUGGACAGCAAACACUUUUAGGAUUGAAAACAACUGUUGUGCAGACCACUCCUCCGCGUGAAUUGGUGGCAAACAAUAUCCCUCCCUCUACACCUUCUCCUCCAAUACAGGGUCAAAGUGUGUUGAGUUAUAGCCCAUCUCGAUCCCCCAGUACAAGCCCCAAGUUUACUAUGACAGGAUAUAGCCCUCAACUUCAAGGUCUGUCAUCAGGCAGCAGUGGUUCUUACAGCCCUGGAGUGACCUACUCACCUAGCAGUAGUUAUAAUAAGGUAUCUGGUUAUAGUCCUUCUCCUGGUUCUUCUCCAUAUCCUACAACCAUUGGUCCAGCAGAGAGCUGUGGCUUGCGAUCUCGAUACCGGGCUUCACCAACUGUCUAUAACUCUCCAACUGGCAAAGAAGACUACAUGACAGAUCUCAGAACCCUGGACAAUUUUCUUCGAGGGGAAGAAGAGAAGCAACAUAGGGUUCAGCUGGGGAGUACAGAUUCCACUUCACCUUCUAGCAGUCCUACUUUCUGGAACUAUAGUCGUUCUGUGGGCGAUUAUGCACAGACACUAAAGAAAUUUCAAUACCAGCUGGCUUGCAGGUCCCAGGCCCCAAGUGCUAACAAGGAUGAAACUGACCUUGGUUCUAAACAGGCUGCAGAAGAGGUGUGGGCAAGAGUGACUAUGAAUCGACAACUUCUUGAUCAUAUGGAUUCAUGGACUGCCAAGUUUAGAAAUUGGAUCAAUGAGACAAUAUUAGUGCCACUUGUUCAGGAAAUUGAUUCUGUCAGUACACAGAUGAGAAGAAUGGGCUGCCCAGAGCUACAGAUAGGAGAAGCUAGUAUUACUAGCUUGAAACAAGCUGCCUUGGUCAAAGCCCCACUCAUUCCAACUUUGAAUACUAUAGUGCAAUAUCUAGACCUCACACCAAACCAGGAAUACUUAUUUGAAAGGAUCAAAGAACUCUCCCAAGGUGGUUGCAUGAGCUCAUUCCGAUGGAAUAGAGGUGGGGACUUUAAAGCACGAAAAUGGGAUACAGACCUGCCCACUGAUUCUGCUAUCAUUAUGCAUGUAUUUUGCACUUAUCUUGACUCUAGACUACCUCCACAUCCUAAGUAUCCUGAUGGAAAAACAUUUACUUCUCAGCACUUUGUUCAGACACCAAAUAAACCAGAUGUUACAAAUGAAAACGUUUUUUGUAUCUACCAGAGCAACAUUAAUCCUCCCCAUUAUGAGCUAAUUUACCAGCGUCACGUCUACAGUCUUCCAAAGGAUAGAAAUAACAUGUUCCAUACAUUAUUGAUGUUCUUAUACAUCAUAAAGACCAAAGAGUCAGGAAUGCUUGGGAGGGUUAAUCUCGGCCUUUCAGGAGUGAAUAUUUUGUGGAUUUUUGGAAAAUAGCUCGACUAAUCUCUUGCUUUUGAUCUCCUUUAUUUUAACUGGAGGGUUAAUCUUGGUCUCUCAGGAGGAAUAUUUUGUGGAUUUUUGGAGAAUAGCUCAUUUAUCUAUUUUGAGCUCCUUUAAUUUGACUGGAUCAAAUAAAAAUGUCAUCCUUUUUGAAGAAGAUUCUAAGACUCCUGUUGCUGCACAGUCUGAAAUAGGAUACAUAACACACUCCCGACAAAAUGAAAGCUGUAGUAGUAAGAAGCUGUUGUCAUUGUUAACUCUGACAUCUUCUGUUACAAAAAAAGUCAUCAAUUUUGGUUUACAUACUUUCAGGGUUUUGUAAUUAUCUGCUAUAAAUAUUGCCCUCUAGAGUUCCUUUGAAGAGAGUGUGUCAUCUUUUUAAUAAACUAGGGUUUGGGGGUGACCCUCAGAAAUGAAUCCAUUCCAUAGGAUCGCAAAACCACAUACCUAAGGUAGUUUCACAAUCCGUUUUCAGUCUCAAGUAUUUUGGCAUAGGUUCAUAUCUUAAAGACAGUAAAUUGUGAACUUAGUUGGUAAUUUGUCCCCAGAUUUCCCAUCUUAUGAAUCACACGAGACAUAAAAGCUUAACUAUUGGUUAAAACUAAUUUACCAGAGAUAGUAAAAAGAUUUUACAGUAUUAGUUCCAAAGAAUCUGAAUUUAAGUUAAACUUGAAAUUUUGACAGAAUUUCAUUCAGCUCUUUUCAUCAAGUUUCUCAGGGGUAUUGGGGAUUAGUGAGUAACAAAGAACUUUAUAACAUUUGGUUUUAAUAUGCCAUUCACAGUAUUGUAUUAUUUGAACAUUUCCGUCUUUUAAAGUUAAAAUGUCAGCCUACCUGUUUUAAACUCUCCAGAAAAAAAUUAUUAAUGCCAAGAGAAAGUAUACUUUUUGUAUUUUCUUCUUUCAAAGAAGGGAAAGGGGGUAGAUUGUAAAUAAUUGAGUGUGAUAGUGAAUGUGUAGCUAGAAACUUAAGGAUUACUAGGAGUUUGUGUUUAUUAAAAAAUGGGUUUAUUAAAAAUGUCAUACCAAACUA